CUGAGGGGGACGCGGCAGUGUCCGCGCAGAAACAUCAGGUUUUGUGUUCCUGCUUGUUGCAGACAGACCUUUAAGAGUGUUCUGUGUGCUGUCUCAGGGGUGGCAAUGCCCCGAUUUCAACUGUAGUGGUCCUUGAGGUGAGGCUGAGAAUGGGCCUGUGCUUGAACCUUGUCCUUUGACAAGGCGGGCCCGAGCUGCCGUGUUCUUCUCACCGUUUUUGUUAAUGAGCUUUCAAAGGCAAGUUAUGAGCAGCUCUGUAGAUGCUGUGUUAGUGAUCUCUAACUUCAGAAGCACCUCUCAUGGGACUGGUUUCCUGUCUGCUGGCAGCAUGGCAACAUUGCUUAGAACUGCGUGGUCCAGUUUCUUUUGGAUGCGUGCAGUAGCAACCUGCAAACAGCCCCCACUGCAGAAUGGCACUGUGUAUCAUGCUUGCCAUAAAUCUACAUACGCAGUUCUCCCUGAAGACUACAAUUGCAAAGUGGAACUUGCAGUGACAUCAGAUUUGAAGACAAUUGUCUGCUACCACCCUUCACUUGAGAUUCCAUACGAGCAUACAAAACCCAUACCACGGCCAGAUCCACUGAAUAAUAAAGAAGAAACCCUUGAUCAAGUUUUGAAAUCCAGAUUGAAUGAAAAAGAGCUAAAGAACAAUAGCGGUCCUACAAUUGAAGAGCUCAGCAAAAUGUUUUACACAACAAAACAUCGCUGGUAUCCUGUGGGGCAGUAUCAUAGAAGACGCAAGAAUCCUAAUCCUCCUAAAGACAGAUAAUUAAGAUAACUUCUUGUUCAGCAGCACUUUGCUAUUAAUCUUUAUUGGAAAUAAAUAUUACAAAAAAUGUUCGGCAAUUCUGUGUGAGUGCUAUAACUAAAACGUGCUUAACUAAAUUUUUUAUUUUCUAUUUCAACUAGUUGACAGUAGAAAAACAACAAAACUGCACUACUGAAACAAGGAUCCAGUGAACACUAUUGUACCUGCACGGUCAGUGAAUGUGCUAGUAUUAGAGCUGGGUGUAACAGGUGAUGGAGUGCUCCGAUUAAACUAGGUCAGAGGCUUGUCAUUGGUAAAGUGAACACAUAGAAGUAUUAUGUCAAAAUGGGAAGUCUAGAACUGGACACGUUAGGGUUUGGUGUUAUUUUGGUUUGGUUUUUUUUUUCUUAGAGAUCUAGUAAUUGAAACGCAGAUGAGCUUGAAUACUGAGGUAUUUAUGAAAUAGUAUUUAUGAAAAAUAUUGUGAGGUAUUUAUGAAAGCAGUGAAAUAGUUUUGCUGCUUCUAUUAUGCUUGUAAGAUACCUGAUUCCAUGUUUAAUCCUGCAUCAGCCAAAUGAUUGUAUUUAAAGCUAACGUCACGUACUGAAAACUGGCCAACUUGGUUAUAGCUUCCAAGGCAUAAUUAUAGAAUCACAGUACGGUUUGGUUGGAAGGGACCUUAAAAAUCAUCUAGUUCCAGCCCCCCUGCCAAGGGCAGGGACACCUUCCAUUAGACCAGGUUGCUCAAAGUCCCAUCCAAUACUUCCAGGGUUGAGGUAUCCACAGUAUUUCUCUGGGCAACCUGUUCCAGUGUCUCACCACCCUCAUGGUAAAGAAUUUCUUCCUAAUAUCUAAUCUAAAUCUACCCUCUUUCAGAUUAAAUAACUUGCCCUUCUAAAUCACCCAGCAUUCCCAAAUACCUGAGAUAACUUCUGAGUGCAUUCAUGGUUUGUAGGGGGUUUUUUUGGUUGUGGGUUUGUUUUGUUUUUUUUUAAACCCACCCCAGGUACCAUUCAGUGAGGAUGCUAUGUUUGAAUAUAAAUCGGAAUAGCUGUAGCUCAGAGGAGGAAGAGUUCUUUGCCUCAGCAAGGUAAUCAGUGAAGACUCCCAGCUCUUUCUAGCUUACCUGGGGGGAAGGAUUGGCCCUUUACUGUAUAAAAUGCUUUAAAUGAAAGAAAUUUGGUCUGAUUCUACUUCAUAGCUUUAGCGUUUUGUAGUGCUUAAAUGUUUCUGCUAUUAAAAUGUUCUAUGUCAUCUAGCAUUUUUUCUCAGGAAGAGAAGAUUCUUUACUCCAGUCUACAGUUUUAGGCAUCAGCCUGCUGAUAGAAAGGGCUAGCUUGGAACACUGCGCCUCAGCAGAGAUCUCAGUGACUUCCAUUAAUUCUUCUUAGCAGAUCCUAAUAAAUAAUCAGAAAAUCAUUAUCCCAUAUGUGUCAUACAUUUUGGUUGUAUUUCCUUUCCAAAGCAACUUGGAUAAGAUAGAAAGGUUCUUGUUUCUUGUGUUAGUCUAGUGUCAUUUUGCCAGCAUGUGUUAUCUACACAUUUUUCUAGAAGUGGAGUACCAUAUAAAGUCUCUAAUCCUGGUCAUUGUUAGUGUAAAGGACACUUACUUUUCUAGAGUUAUUACUAAAUAACCUUUUUUCCUUGAAUUUCCUUUAAUUGUGAAAAAAGUAAUGUUGGAUGCAUGUAAAAAGACUGCCUUUAAAUAUUUACAGAAAAUUUUACAUAAAGCUAGUCUAAGCAUUUAUCUUGGUAUUAUUUUAAAAAAUGUGUAUUUAAAUCCGAAUACCAGUUAGCUGAUAAUGGUUUAUCAUGGCAGAGCAUGAAAUAGUUUUGCUUAUUCUCUCUGUUAUGCUUGUAAGAUAUCUGCGUCCAUGCUUAAGCCAACAUCAGCCAAGUGAUUUUGGCUCUGUAUUAUACGAUGUGUUGCUCGCGUGAUAACAAACAUGCUAUCGUGAAGGAAUGUCUGUUGGGUCUAUGAAAAGGAUUGCUGCUUACUCUGCAGGUUUAAUUUAAUGAAAAUAAUUAUUUUUUUCUGCCUAAAAUAUAAUUUCUAAAAUAGUUUUUAGUAAUUUGUAGUACAACAAAUUUUAGUAUUUUCAUCUAUUUGUGGUGCCUGGUACUGACACUGGUCCGUGAGUGAGAAGCUUACAUCUCAUGUUUAGUGUUUUGUUAUGUUCCACUGCAUAAAAUCGAGCCCCCUUUAUUUUUGGAAGGCUGAGACCUAAUUUGUCACCAUUUGACUUUACGCCAGUGUAAGAAAAGAUAUCCUUGGAUUAAUUUAAACUUUCAGUUAUUUCCCCCCCCUUCUUCUCCCUGAUACUUUUGCUUAUUGCUGCCUAAUACUAUUAAGACAUUUUGCUUUACAGAAGCCUUUUGUUAUCACAUUUGUCUGCUCUUGCCUGUCAAACUCUGUUUAUGAUGAAACAAUCAAUGUAGAAAUGUUGGAUUUCUCAAUGUUUCCCAAACAGUUUUGGAUGCUUUUCAGGCAUUUUGAGGGCUGAAAAUCUAUGAUGUGCUGGACUGCUGUCUUUAAAGUACUUCCUCUUCUGACCAGUUCCUGGAAACUGAGUCUAAAACACAUGUUCACUACAUGUACCCUCUGGCAUUUUGUUAUUACAUUAAUUCAUAAAAUUGAUGUUUUAAAAUAUUUCCUUGCAUUACACUGCCACUCUCAAUCUUUCUGUGUUCUCUUUUACUAAGUCUUUCUCUUGGGUCAUCUGAA